AUGUCAGGUCAGUGGAUUGCUCUUCUUGCGAUCACCUACAACCCUCGUCAUACUGACCCAUGCGGAAUGCGACAGGCCACACCCCAAACGCCCACUCCCCCAUCGUCAGAAGCAAUGAAGAUACCCCGGACGCUUGGCCUGAGCGCGAAACAGCACAAACUGCUCCUGGGCGCAAAGCGAUAUCCUCCAGUCACUAAGAGGACCCUCAGUGAACUUGAUCUGCCCUGUAUCAUGAGCAAUAUCAACCUCCGCAUGGACGCCAAUUUUGAUCGCGACCUACACUUCAAACCCGACCUGGACGGGGAGAAGGGUAAAAGGAAAAGGAAGGAAGCCGGAGAUUACUGGGACGCCAUGGGAGCCGAGAUCUCCAUUUAUGCCUUUUGGGCAAGCCAGACGAACGAGACUACGGACAACGACCAGCAGGACGAGCAGUUACAGGCAUUUGAGCCCCGAUUACCGGCCAUGUUCAAGACCCUACAAGAUGUUUUGAAGACCCUGGUCCCCGAGCGCGACCAUCCCAGCGUCAUGGAGAACCUGGAAGUGGGCUUGUUGAUGCAGCAGAUUCGGAAAGGGGUACUCAAUAUGGUUGGAGUCGCCAAGUGGCUGGCGUCGCUUCUCAAGACGCAUUGCGCGCCCAUGCGCGAUGAAUGGGCGGAUCGCAUGGUUGAGCAGAUCACUUCGGGCUCAGAGUCGCAGGAUUCAAUGGAAAUUGUCCGCGGGUUGCAGACGCUCUUUGCCAUCCUAGAGGCCAUGAAACUGGACGUGGCAAACCAUCAGAUCCGCGCCUUUCGAGUGCUGCUCAUCGAAGACACUGUCCCAUUUCUGCAAGAAUAUUUCCGCAGCAAGAUCGCAAGAGACAACUUUCGUGUGGAGGCGUCGCGACUGUGGUACCUGGACAUUCGGGAACAGGAGCUACGCAACGUGGAGAGGGGCGAACAUGCCGACAGCUUUUUCCCUAUCUUGCUCCUCUUUCAAGGUCUAACUGACACCCUACUGCAAUUCCACAGCCCUCGCGAGGGAUUUCCGGAAACAUUCGUCUUUGAUUCCGACCGCUUGUGGCAACUGCGGUCAUGCCUCCAGAACCUUAUCACCUUGGAUAUCUGCUGGUUCAUCUUCGAAUCAUAUAUCCACACCCAAAAACGCUAUCUCUCGGCUCCCGCACAAACAUAUGCCAGCUUCCGCUCGCGGAUCGGAUCAUUGAUGGAGGAGAAUGAAGACUGCCCCCGGGGGUCUGCGCGAUGGGUAAAGAAUGUGCGCGGUAUCGCACUGGAGAUUGCGCGGUUUGCGUGCGCAGCAUGCUGCGGUGACUCCAUGGUUUUGGACGCUGUGAUCGCGCCUAUUGAAGCCACGCUGGAGUGGCAUCUGUCCAACGAGUCUUCGGAGCUGUUCCAGUAUUUCCAGAACUCGCUCCGGCAAAAGUUGCUGGCGUCAACCUUUGUGUUUGCCAAAAAAUAUCUCAACAUGUCUCCGCUGGCCAUCUGCGAGUCCCAGCGCAGCUAUACACAUUCGACAUCACAGCAGCAUUACGACAUGGAGCGGAUCUCCAUGCGACUAGCACACAUUGGCGUGCUGCACUGGAGGGUCUGGGCGCCCAUUCUCUACGUGCGCGAGAGCAUGUCACCGACCGACGUGGCGGACAGCCCGAUAGCCGCAGACCAUGGUCAUCCAGAAGUCGCGCCUGCGUAA